AUGGGCGGCGCUCCGCCUGGCGGAGAUGGCAAGGACAAGAAAGACCAGAAGAAGGAAAAGCCAAAGUACGAGCCUCCACCACAACCCACCACCCGCAUCGGACGCAAGAAGCGCAAGGCGGCCGGUCCCAGCGCCGCGGCUAAGCUCCCGACCGUCUACCCAACGGCGCGAUGCAAGCUACGAUAUCUGCGGAUGCAACGGAUCCACGACCAUCUUCUGCUCGAAGAGGAGUAUGUCGAGAACCAGGAGCGAAUCCGGAAGGCGAAGGCCGUAAGCACCGCAGCGCCUGCCGCAGCCGGCGGCGAUCUGGAGGCAGCGGAUCGAAACGCGGAUGAGAGGUCGCGGGUUGAUGACAUGCGUGGAAGCCCUAUGGGCGUCGGCAAUCUGGAGGAGAUGAUCGACGAUGACCAUGCCAUCGUGUCGAGCGCCACCGGACCCGAGUACUACGUCUCCAUCAUGUCCUUUGUCGACAAGGACCUCCUCGAGCCAGGCGCAAGCAUCCUUCUACACCACAAGUCAGUCUCGGUGGUUGGUGUCUUGACUGAUGAUGCCGAUCCACUUGUUUCGGUCAUGAAGCUGGACAAGGCGCCGACAGAGUCAUACGCAGACAUCGGUGGGCUAGAAGCACAAAUACAGGAGGUUCGGGAGGCCGUCGAGCUACCGUUGCUGCACCCCGAACUGUACGAGGAGAUGGGCAUCAAGCCGCCGAAAGGUGUUAUCCUGUACGGCGCACCAGGCACGGGCAAGACAUUGCUGGCGAAGGCUGUGGCGAACCAGACGAGUGCGACGUUCCUGCGUAUCGUAGGAAGCGAACUGAUCCAGAAGUAUCUUGGUGAUGGUCCCAGGCUUGUGAGGCAGCUCUUCCAGGUUGCCGCCGAGCAUUCUCCGUCCAUCGUCUUUAUCGACGAGAUUGACGCCAUCGGUACGAAGCGCUACGAGUCGACGUCCGGUGGCGAGCGCGAAAUUCAACGUACCAUGUUGGAGCUUCUCAACCAGCUUGACGGAUUCGACGACAGAGGAGAUGUCAAGGUCAUCAUGGCUACCAACAAGAUUGAUACGCUCGACCCAGCUUUGAUCCGACCUGGCCGUAUCGACCGAAAGAUUCUCUUCGAGACCCCAGAUCAAAACACCAAGAAGAAGAUCUUUACACUGCACACCUCAAAGAUGUCUCUCGCUGAAGACGUCGACCUCGAAGAGUUCAUCAACCAGAAGGACGAUCUGUCUGGCGCCGAUAUUAAGGCCAUCUGCUCCGAAGCCGGUCUCAUGGCGCUCAGGGAGCGGAGGAUGAGGGUGCAAAUGGAGGAUUUCAGGACGGCGAGGGAGCGGGUGAUGAAGACGAAGAGCGAAGGCGAGCCGGAGGGAUUGUACUUGUAA